AAAUGCAAUGGAGAACAAUACUGCCACACCAAGUUCUACACUCAUCACCGCCCGUCGAAACCCACACCGUAAGGCCAAGUCUGCGGCCUUAUUCAAUACAUCUCGACUUCCCCCUCAGUGCACUUCGUCCUCUGAAUUACCUCAAAUUUCUUCGUUUCCAAUCCAAGACAUUCUCUCAGAAAAAAUCCUGCAAAAUUCCCCCACCAUCACAGCCGCCUCGCCCUCGCCAUCACCUCCGCAAGUUUCAGUCCUAGAGAACCUCAAAGUCUUUUUGAGAAUCCGUCCUCUUGUGCCUCUUAAAGGCUCAAAAAAUAACGCAGGAGAUCAACAUGCUAGGUCGAGGACGAAAAAUGUUUGGCCUCAAAAUCCAUCCAAAAAGAAUAGCGUCAAAGAGAAGAAAAACCCACAGAAGAAAAGCAAUGAAUGUUGUAUUACGGUGAGCCAGGAUUUUCGUUCGGUUACUUUGUCACCUCCUUUGCAUCUACAAGAAACUAAACGCGUCAGAUCGGAGGUUUAUGAAGGGUUUUCUUACGUGUUUUCAGAUGAGUCGACUCAGUCUGAAGUAUACGAAAAGAUGGUGAACCCGUUGGUUGAGGAUUUCCUCAACGGUAAAAGUGGAAUGUUGGCGGCAUUAGGGUCGACAGGCUCCGGCAAAACACAUACAAUUUUUGGCAGUUCCCGCGAACCUGGUAUGGUUCCUCUAACACUCACACGGAUUUUCAAGUCCGCUCCAGGGCGUGCCUCCCAGUCCUCAAGGCAAUUUUACUUAUCUAUUUUCGAAAUAUGUGCUGAGCGAGGGAAGGCCGAGAGGAUAUGCGAUUUAACUUCUGAUAGACCAGAUCUGUCUAUGCAGCAAUCAAUCGUUAAAGGGCUCCAAGAGGUUCUAGUCCAUGAUGUUUCAGAGGCAGAGUCAUUGAUAGCUCGUGCUCUUCUGAGACGUUCUACGGCUAUGACAAAUGCCAACAGCCAGUCAAGCCGUUCCCAGUGCAUCAUCAACAUUCGGGGAGGUACUGAAAUGUCUGAUCCAGAAAAUGAUAAACAAUCAAAUUAUGCUGUUUUUUCUAUUGUUGACCUUGCCGGAGCAGAAAGAGAGAAACGAACUGGAAAUCAGGGAGCAAGAUUGGCCGAAAGCAAUUUUAUCAAUAAUACAUCCAUGGUUUUUGGUCUGUGCCUAAAAUCUUUGCUUGAGCACCAAAAGAAUCCCAAGAAAGCACUGCAGAAGCACUUCCAGAAUUCCUUGCUGACAAGAUACCUCCGCGAUUAUUUGGAAGGCAAAAAGAGAAUGACUCUGAUUUUAACAGUAAAAUCUGGAGAAGAAGACUAUCUGGAUGCAUCAUACUUAUUACGACAAGCUUCACCUUAUAUGAAAAUUAAGUUUGCUAACAUUGAGGCUCAGCCCAAUUUGCUCCGCAACAAGAGACAAAUUCAAACCUCUAAAGCUGAGCAGUCUAAGAGAAUGAAACUUGGUAACUUAGACGCUUCAAUGAUUGAGAAAAAGAUUGUUGGAGAUGAAAACCGGCUUCCUGAUGAAGGAGAUCUGACAAGCUGCGGUGCAGACUUAAAAAGUAGUACACCUCUGAAAUCGAAUUCUGAUGAUUUGAUGAAGGAGAGAACUCAUCAGAUUACGCAAAGGUUUGCCAAAGCUUUAUGGAAUGUUUUGAAGCAACAUAAUGAAAAACUGAAGGUUGUUGAGUGUGAAAACCAGAUUCUAAGAGAAAAUCUUAGAAAUGAGAAGAAAAGAUCUAUUGAGAUGGAGAAAGAGCUGAAGAAUUUGAGAUCCUGCUGUACUUGCUCCAAGGACAACUCAGUGGCAUCAACUGAUGUAAAAGUAGUUGAGGAUUUUGAAUUUAUUGUGCUUUCCGAGGUACAGAAAUUUUGUGGCAUUGAUGAGACAAAACUGGAUUUGGAUUCUUCCACUCACAUCAAAUCGGAACGUAGUAGCAGUCCCAGAAUAUAUGACUCUACUCCAGGAGAGGAUAAUAAUAAUAAGAAGUGCUCACCAGAAAAAGGCGACCCUUUUCCAAGGAAAAAGCAGGGCAUGUGUUCUGAGUUAAGAAAUUUAGAAGCGGAUGCUAGAUCUCCAAGCAUUUGUGUUUCAAGUGAUAACAAUCAAGGUCGUCAGAUACCUGAAAGCUUUCCUGGGACUGAAAAUAUUCACGAGGAUUCAAAUGAGUCAACAAAUAAUGUGGUUGUUGAGCAUCUUGAUCCUAAUUCACAAGAAACAGGGGGGUUGGGGUAUUUCCUUCCCCCUUCAAUCUGUUAUUUCACCCAUACGACAAAUGUAAGCCUUUCCCGUUUUGCAGUUAGACUUUCGGGCAAUGAAAAUAGUAUAUCUGUACAGCCAUGUCAACAGCUUGGUGAAAACGAUGAGGAUUCACUGGAUCUGCUGGGUUGUAAGUUACCUGAAAGCUUUCCUGGGACUGAAAAUAUUCACGAGGAUUCAAAUGAGUCAAAUAAUAUGGUUGCUGAGCAUCUUGAUCCUAAUUCACAUGAAACAGUUAGACUUUCGGGCAAUGAAAAUAGUACAUCUGUACAGCCAUGUCAACAGCUUGGUGAAAACGAUGAGGACUCAUUGGACCUGCCGGUGUCACAUAAGCAUUUUGAAAAAACUCAACAUCAAGACCUUACUGAAGUCCCCGGGAGUGGAGUAAGACCUAAUGCCUCCCGCAGCUCUUCAAAGAUGGAAAAACCAAAAAGGAGACUUUUGCCUAAAUCAUCCAUUCUAGUCAGAGAAAUCAGCACCUAUGAUGCUGAUGAGAUUGACAAACCAAAGGGAAACGGAGGUGGGAAGAACUUGGCUGCUUCUGAGAGGCAAAGAACUCAGGGCAGCAUUUCUCUCCUAAGCUUACUUAAGAAUAAUCUUCAUCUCUAGUUUAGCACCUUUUAUUUCUUCACGUAAAGCUUGCUCUUUUUGUAUAGAUGUGGCCGUUUGAGUUC